AAACUCAUGCAUGUGCAUACCUCGUCAUUCUACUCUAAAAAUCAUGUCAAUGUCAUCAACCACCUUGUGCACGAAACGCGAAAAUCAAUAUUAACAUCAUGAAAGAUAUAGCUACCUAUUAAACAAAAGUACAAGAGCUUCACAGUGCCAAAGCUCAGUUGCAAAUACCUAAAAGAAAUUAUCGCAUUUUUCGGAAAAAGCGACAAGUCGACUGAAACAUAGUACGUAAACGUACAAUAUACAAAUUUGUUUAGAUACAAAUUUAAGAGUACGAGUAUGUAAGACAAAAGCAUCAGUACCAAAAUAUUUUUAUUCAGAUACUUUAAUUAUUUUGUUUCAAAAUGUAAGCGAACGACGACAGCUAUUACAGAGUGACGACGCGACGCGACGUCAAGGUCACAACCACCACUGUUCGAACUUUCUUCUUAAAAAAUCAUCUGUGAUUAUAAUUAUGUCACACUAGUGAGGUGCGGACAAUAGAGAUCGUAUAUACAAAAACGUAUUUUGAAACAUCAGAUUCAUUUAUAUGGUUGCGAUUUAGAAGAUUUUAAUUAAUACUUCAGUGACUGUGAACAUGUUUAAUGAUAAAAUAAUAAUAAAAAAAAGUGAAAUAAAUUGAACAAAUCGAGAUUAAUGAAAAAUGUGCCUCUGAAUAAUAUUUCAAAAACUUAUAAUUUGAGUGAACCAUAUUUGUUUUUUAAAAAAUAUAAAUAUUUCGCGCACUCUCCAUCCGCGUGAAGAAUGAGCAAAACUGUUCUGCAUUGGAGCUACCGUGACUACCGCAAUGUUCCCAUUGAUCUGUUCCUCUACGAAAAUUUAGAGGAGGUUUAUCUUAAGGAGAAUUUCAUCACUCAAAUACCAAAAUGGCUUUUGAAUUUGACAAACUUAAAGUUCAUUCAUCUCUCUGGAAAUGCUCUCGAGGAGCUCCCGGAUGAUAUAUAUUAUUUGGAGAAUUUGGAAUUUUUAGAUGUCUCUAAUAAUAAAAUAACGAGUCUUCCUCACACUAUUGGAGAGAUGAAGUCUCUUCAAAGGCUAAAUGUGAGUGGCAACAAAUUGACUGAGAUUCCGAAGGGUAUUGGGCGUUUAAAGAAAUUGGAAGUCCUCGACAUAUGCGCUAAUCAGCUAACAUCGUUGCCAAUGGAAAUGUCGGAAUGCAGCCAUUUAAAUGAGCUUUCAAUGAGCGACAAUACUCAAUUAACAUACAUACCGGAACGUAUUGCCAAUAUGCAAUCCUUACAGUUUUUGGCGGCGGAACGUUGUGGAUUACUUUAUUUACCAGCUGCUUUGGCCAAAUUUGUUAAUCGUGUAAAUAUAUUUCAAAAUCCUUCCAUCACACAUAUUCCAAUGAUUUAUGAAACUUUUUUUGCCAGUUUCUAUGACGCAAUACAAACCGGGAUGCCAAGAAACAUUGAACAUCCUCAUUUCUUUUUCGUUCGAGAAAAAGCCAAUAACACAAAAUUAUUACUACCGUUUGGAACCUUAGAAGUCUUCCAUGUGCCUUCAGUUGAGAAUCGGAUCACACUCUAUGAUGAUUGCCUGCAUUCGUUAAAUUAUUUAAAUUUUUUCCUGCCCUUAUAUAAAAAUGAAAUACUUCUCAACUCACUGCCAACCAAAUAUAUGGGUGAUCACAUAAAAAAUGGUCCAAUUGCCCGCUGCACCCACAGAAACUGUUUCAACCCAUUGUAUACAUCAUAUUAUUUUAUGCCAGUUAAAAGGCGAAACAGUACAUCGAAGACUAUAUUUAGUUGCAACUUUUGUAGCAUGUAUUGUGCCAAUUUGUGGUCGAAGGAAAACAUUAAAAAGUACUACAGUAUCGAAUGGGAGCUUUGUGAUGCAGAUGAUUGAGUACGUGCGCUUAACUGUUAAAAAUUACAACUAAAUUAAUUUAAAAGUUUUGCUUUUAAAACUCUCUCAAAGAAAAAUUUUUAUAAAGAUCAAAAAUAAAAAUAUACAUAUAUCGACCAAUCGUAAAUAUAAAAUAUUAAUUUAAAAAAAAAAAAAUUAAAAAAUUAUUAAGUUUAAAAAAAAUGUAUUAUGUAUUUUAGACCACCAACAUC